GCGUGUUCUGCGGGCGGUGGUACUAUGAGGUGGAGAUCAAAUGCGAUGAUAUGGGGGUGUCGGGUCUCUCCGAAACGCGACAGCCCCACUGGCGCAUUGGAUGGGCACAGCGCCACGGCGCCGUGCAAGCUCCCUGCGGGUUUGAUCGUUUCUCGUAUUCCUGGCGCGAUAUUGACGGACAAAAGUUCCACAACAGCCGCGGCGCGCCCUUCUCAAAGGAAGGGUAUGGCCCUGGGGACGUGCUUGGGUUUGAGAUUGUUCUUCCUCAACGCGUCACCUCUCGCGUGCUGCCCAUUCAAACGCGCGGCACACACGUGUCCGUUGUCGCGCAGGGCAACACGUUUAUUGCCGAGAAGCAGAAGUUGUCAACACCGGAACUGUUUGAGGCUGUUCCUGGGAGCAAGAUCAUUUGCUACAAGAACGGCGUGUGUCAAGGCGUCAUGUUUGAGGACAUUAACUGUGGAACGUACUAUCCCGCCAUCUCCCUGUACAACCAUGCUCAGGUUGUUGCCAACUUUGGGCCGACGUUCAAGUUUCCACCCCCGAACAAGGAGUGCCGGCCCAUCUCUGCUGCCGCUGCAUACACACACGCCGCCCUCUCCCUUGCCGAGUCCAUCGCCAGGGUUGUGAACACACGCGACGUGCCGGCGCAGAAGAAGGAGGUGCGUGAGAAGCUGCUGGAUUCAGGCAAGGUUGACACUGCCAGCGCCUGUGCCAGCAGUGGUAGUGGCAGUGCCAGCAGUGGCAGCACGGCAACGACAUCGACAGCAACAGCAGCAACCGCUGCCGGUGAUCUCGGGGAGGGUGAGGCACUGGACGACAUGAAGCCGCCGCCCUACCACCCGCGCAUGGCGCUGUCUGCACGAAAGAAGUUCCGGGCGUUCCUUCUCAGGCAGCGUGUGUUUAUUGACCAGGAGACGUUUGAAACGCUUCCCUCUCGCCUCCAGCCCCGUACCACGCCAGACACCCACUACAUCUAGUCCAUGUGUGUCUGCGUGCGCGUGUGUGUGCGUCUGUGUGCGCGCGCGUGUGCGUGUGAGUGAGUCAGCAGAGAGAGUGUGUGUGUGUGUUGAAGUCCAUAGCCAUCAAGCACGAGUACAUGACAACACUGUCAAGGUGUCAAUGCGCACCAAUGUCAACACACACACACACACACACACACACACACACACACACACACACACACACACACACACACACGCACACGCACAGUGUCAAGUUUAAAUUUCGCGGCAGAAACGUUGCAGCCCAUUAAAAGUGCAUCACAUCUGA